GGCGGGGCUUGGCGCUGAGCGGCGUGACAUAAACAGGGUCACCUGGAGUCCUACAGACCGAGCGGUGUCCUUCAGUUUAACAUUGGUACGAGGAUACUUAACACCUUCCCCCUCCUCACCCCGAGUGACCCCCCCUUUUUCUCCGUCCUACGGCUCGGUAACGGUGAACGCUCGGGCGCCUGCUGGCUGAUCUUUGGGGGGUGCAGAGCUGGAGCUGCAGGAGGGACCGCUGGAAGGAAAAGGCGCUGCGCUGAAGCGUUAAGUAACUUAACGGAGGAGCGGACGGACACUCGGCUGACCCAGGACCAACAACAUAAGCCUGUCUGCUCGGCCAAAGCCGUUUCACUGCGUCUGAAAGUGUCUGCUGAUCUGCUGAUCCCACACACACACACGGACACUGUCCGCAAACCUCGUGUGGACGGUGAACACACACCUGGGGCUCCGGAGGGAACCGACCUGCUCUCACAUGAUGUACACAAUAACCAGAGGUCCCAGCAAACUAGUCACACAACGGAGGACAGGCCCCACGCAGCAGAUCGACAGCAAAGCCAACGACUUGAAGCACAAACAGAGCCACUGGCUGGACUCAAAUUCGCCGGCGCCUAAAAUCGUCUUCCAGCGCCUGAACGGAAAGCGCUACCACAGAUCGACCUCGCCGAAAGAGGACAGCACAGCCGAAGGCUUCACUCCAGCACACGAGGAAAAUGUCAGAUUUGUGUAUGAAGCUUGGCAGGAGGUGGAGCAAAAGCUUGGGGACGGAGCCCAGCCGGAGAACGGGAAAGGCCCAGUGCAGUAUGCCGAGAGGAGUCCUAACCCCAGCAUGAAGAACUUUGUGCCUAUUGAUCUGGAGGAGUGGUGGGCUCAACGCUUCCUGGCCAACAUCGCCAAUCUGUCGUGACAGCUGCAGGACAGGGGUGCAGCGGGGGAGGGUCGUGGGUGCUGGACUGAGGUGGGGCAGUGGGGUGUGUGUGGGGGGGGCUCAGGUUGACCUACCAGGUGAACUAAGCUGAGCUCUCUACCGCCACCACAGGACACUGUGCUCAGAGUUCACGAGGCCAGACUGCACUACACAGAGAGAAGCAGAGAAAGGCUUCAAUCUGAACUCAAUGUUAGAUAUGUGCCCUUUCUUCUUUGGUUGUCCUGCCUCUGCCUGGCUGGCCAGUCUCUCUUACCCAUACACACACACACACACACACACACACACACACACACACACACACACACACACACACACCGACAGACAACUCAGAAAGAGAGGAUGAUCCGAGAUUUUCUUCCGCUUUUGGUUCUUUCUAACAGCGUGCCGAAAACGAGACGUCCGUUUUUUUCUUGGCUGGUCUUUGCAUAAAAAAUGAAAAAAUGAUCAUUAAAAACAGUAAAUUGUUUUUCAAGA